AUGGCUCCCACUGCUUUGGAACGCGAGGAUGUCGCGCGCGAUGCCGCCUUCAACCAGGCCAUGCAUGGCAAGUCUGCUAAGGCUCGCGGUGGCUUGACUGCGCUGCGCGCAAAGGACAACGCGGCCCAGAAGGCCGCCGUUGACGAGUACUUCAAGCACUGGGAUAACAAGGGUCAUGAAGAGGAGACCGCCGAGGUCCGCGAGGCUCGCCGCAAGGAAUAUGCCACUCUUACCCGACACUAUUAUAAUUUGGCUACCGAUUUCUACGAAUAUGGCUGGGGUUCGUCUUUCCACUUCUGCCGCUUCGCGUACGGCGAGCCCUUCAACCAGGCCAUCGCCCGCCACGAGCAUUACCUGGCCCACCAGACUGGUAUUACUGAGAAUAUGAAGGUUCUUGACGUGGGUUGUGGUGUCGGUGGGCCUGCUCGUGAGAUGGUCAAGUUCACUGGAGCGCACGUCACUGGUCUCAACAACAACGACUACCAGAUUGACCGCGCUACCCACUACGCUGUCAAGCAGGGUCUCUCGGAGAAGAUGGCCUUUGUCAAGGGUGAUUUCAUGCAGAUGAAGUUCCCCGACAACACCUUCGAUGCCGUUUACGCCAUCGAAGCCACUGUCCACGCCCCUGAGCUGGUUGGUGUCUACAGCGAGAUCUUCCGUGUCCUCAAGCCCGGCGGCAAGUUCGGUGUCUACGAGUGGUUGAUGACCGACGAGUACAACAAUGAGGACCCUGAGCACCGCCGUAUCCGUCUUGGCAUUGAGCAGGGUGACGGCAUCUCCAACAUGGUCACCAUCUCCGAGGGCUUGAAGGCCAUGCGCGAUGCUGGCUUCGAGCUCCUUCACCACGAGGAUCUGGCUGCCCGCCCUGACGCUACCCCCUGGUACUACCCGCUGGCCGGUUCAUUCAAGCACAUGGGUUCCGUCUGGGAUUUCUUCACUAUUGCUCGCAUGACCUGGUGGGGUCGUGGCAUCGCUCACCGUUUCGUUGGUGCCGGUGAGACCAUCGGACUUUUCCCCAAGGGCUCUCAGAAAACCGCCGACAGCUUGGCCCUGGCUGCUGACUGCUUGGUUGAAGGUGCUCAGAAGAACCUGUUCACCCCGAUGUACCUCAUGGUCGGCAAGAAGCCCGAGUAA